AUGUCCUCAGAGGUUAAUAGCGCGGUUGCUAAAUUCAAUUCAUUAGCAGCAUCUAAAUCAUUUUGGAUCCCUUGUGGAUUGCAUGCAAUCCACAUUGCUCUAACACAUUUUGAAAAUACGGCAUUUGGAAAAUUAGAUUCCGUCAAAAGAUUAUCAUUAAAAAAGCAUUCAUAUAAUUUACUUAGUCUUGCUUUCUAUCUUCACGACGGAUACAAUAUUUCAGAUAAAGACAGUCUGUUAAACCUAAAAUCUGGAAUGUUAAAAGAACUCUAUAAAAUUGUGUUUAACUUUGAAAUACGUGAAGUCCAUAUUCGCUUUGCACACUUCUUUAUUGAACAGCUCGAAAAUGCCAAAGAUGUUCCGAAAUCAUACUUAAAUAA